AUGGACACGACUAGAGAUGUGUUGCUGAAAACGGUACACGCUGCAUUGCUGCAAUUAGGAAGUCUGGACGAUGCCCACGAGGCAAGGGUCCAACCCUUGGCGUAUCAAUUGAUCCACUCGUUGAGAUUGCUGCCAGUGGAUGACAACGGUGAGAGUGGGUGCGUGCAGCAGCUGGACUUCCCACAGGACCUGGAUAUCUUCACGCCUGUUUGGAACUCGGCGACUGCAUCGCAGCCUGCAAAGACCGCUAUAGUGGCGUGUCUGGUGGCAUACUGCUCCGUUCACUCCUUUUUACAACCGUUGAUUCUGCAGAGUAUAAACAACUGGAAACUGUGCGUCGGUGACGGCAACGACACUGCAAGGAAGGCAGACAGUGUCGGCUUCUACACGCUGCUAGCGGCUAUCGAAUGCCUGGAUUCAAUUAACGAAAAAUCGUUGCAUUUCUUGUCGCUGAAUGAUCGUCUCUCUUAUACGCUGGCGAAGGAAUGGGUCCCGAUGUGGGCGAACGGCAAGGACGUCUCGUUGCAGACUCAUCUGAAUAUCAAGAAAGACGUCUUGUCACUGUAUUCAAACGAAUCGCAUAUGGAUUACUUCAUUGCUACGUCAAAUUUACAAAAUAUAGGCCUGGACGAGACGGCCACACCAAACAGGUUUGUUAACCAGUUGGUCGCGUUGAGGGUGUUUCAAUGCUCGAAGUGGAUUCAACCGAGUUUAUACAAACAGGCUUGCACUCUCGUGCUGGCGAAACAGAAGUAUCAAAGCGAGGACCAGGACGUGCAAUUCCAGUUGAAAGUGCUGAUGGAGAUCAUAGACCAUCCGCAACUGAAUUUGCUGUUAGAACCAAAACUCGUAUGUCUCUUGUUUGAUUCCCUUCAGGCUUUGAAAGGUAGGGCACCGUUUGAAAUUCACAAGAAUUUGAAUCAGAUGGGUUCCACUUUGAGUAUCGAUGCCAUGCUAAACAUCGUCCAGUUCACUAUCACCCAAUUGCUAUUGAACUUCGAUCAUUCAGUGACAUUGCCCGAUUGGUUCAACGACGAGAUUGUCCCAAGGAUCCCACCAAUCACUAAAUCAUCAUUUAUGUUUCAAUCAGCAUCGGAUUCCACACCGACACCACCGGUAUCAUACACUUUGCAAUUGCUAUAUUGGUGCCUGGUCGACACGAUGGCUCUGAACAAUACGUUCUUAAUGCAUUAUUUCAAGUAUCAUGUGGACGUGCCAUUGAUGGAUCCCGCCAACAAGAAAUCGUUGAACCACAUAUUGAUUCAUAAUCAUAUGAACUUGUAUAACAUCCCCAUGAUUGCAAGUCUGUUAUUGUCGGAGAAACUGUCGUCGUCGUCCUUGUUGAUAUCACGAUUGUUGUCGAUCCAAUCGAUUAAGAUUAGUGAAAAUCUAAUAAAAUUGCAUGGGAACAUCGCAAUCUUCCACCUUAUUAAAUUCAUCAAUAAGAUAUCCUUGCAAGAUUUGUCAUUACAAAAAAUAUCCAUACGAUUGCUAAAUCAUUUGUUUUUCCAUAAUAUCAACGACAAUAACGAAUCAUUGAUCGACGAUGUCCUACAUAACAAACUAUCUUUGGAAUCCCUAAAGGAAUUGAUCCAAAGAUGGAAUGAUGGCUCUUCGUCAUAUUCAUUGUUUUAUCAACGUAUCUUCAUGGAAAGUCAACCCUCUUCUUCAGACACAAUACAACGGACCAUUCAAGUGAGGGACCUAUACAAGUAUCUACCAAAGGAUCAACAACAAGAUAUAUUGCAUGCCAUUACUACUACUGCUACUACUAAUACAACAAUACAACGACAGAUGGAACAACCACAACCUCAGAAAUCAAUGAAAUCAUAUAUCCAGGCUCCAUCCUCAGCAAACAAGUUCAAUGCGUAUAACUCUACAAGUUUUGUUCCAUCCACAACAGGAAACGGUAACAACAACAACAACAAUAAUUACUUGUUUACAACAACACCUUCUAAUAAUAGUAAUAACAUCCCUCCACACACACCCCAAAUCAACACCACGUCAACACUCUACAACCAUCCUCAGCAUCAACCUCAACCUCACAAUCACGAUAAUAACAAGACUAAUAACUUCCAUGGUUCGACAACAACAACAACAAGUGAUGACUCGAUGAACAACGAAUUGAUGAUGCACCAAACAGACACUUUCUCAGCAUUCAGUACCCCAUUCACGCUUUCCGCUCACAAGACCUCAGAGAUGAUGAAUUCGACUCCAAAGACUCCCAAUACCAUCAACAACAAUCCUUGGAAUGAAUCACCUCAUGUCGUCGUGAAUAAUUCCAUGUCUGCAAGUAAGAUCGUCAGCACUGGGAAAAACUACAUCCUUGGUGGACACAAUAGAGUCAAGAAUAACAGCAGGGCUCAAUCCAUUCAUAUCGAUCAGUUCCAAGAUCCAGAUGCUUAA